AAUAGAACACGUAGCUGUCUCUUCUGCAAAACAAACACACACGAAACACACAAAGAGCAAAGCAAUAUAAACCCAACACAACACAACCACAAUUCUUCUCCUUCAGCCAACACUCUCACAAACCUUAUUCUCUUCAUCGCAAACAUGAAUCUACCCAAAAAACAAAAACAUCAUAAAACCCAAAACAACACUAACAACACCUAGUUGAAACAACAAAUUGUGUUUGUGUUUUUUUUUUUUCUACCAUGUUAUCUUACAAAUUCAUAAUCCUUAUUCCCCUCACACCCAUCAUUCUUUUCAUAAUUCGAUACAUAUUAUUCAAAACUGGUUUAAUACACACAACAAAAAAACUCCACAAAAAACUACAAGAUUUUUUUUAUCUUUACCAAUACCUCAAAGUCCCCGAACUAAACCAAACCAUGCAACCGAACAUGUUCUAUCGUAAAGUUUCGCUUUAUUUACAUUCUCUUCCUUCUCUUGAAGAUUCCGACUUCACCAAUCUCAUUACCGGAAAUAAUCAAAACGACAUCGUUUUAACCCUAGACUCAGAUCAAAUCAUCGAAGACAGGUUUCUCGGUGCUACGGUUUAUUGGUUCUAUACAAAAACCGAACCAAAUCAAACCGGUGCAUUUGUGAUCAAGAUCAGAAAAACCGAUAAACGAAGAAUAUUAAGUAGUUAUCUUCAUCAUAUUACCACCAUGUCCGCUGAAAUAGAAUACAACGGAAAACGUGAUUUACGUUUGUUCGUUAAUAUCACCGGCGGUGGUGGUGGUGGAAGGAGGUGGAGGUCUGUUCCGUUUAAUCAUCCAUCGACAUUUGAAACGAUGUUAAUGGAAACUGAUUUGAAGAACAGAAUAAAAAACGAUCUCGAAUCGUUUUUGAAAGCGAAGAAUUAUUAUCGGAGACUCGGUCGUGUUUGGAAACGGAGCUUCUUGUUAUACGGUGAAUCCGGUACCGGAAAAUCUAGCUUUGUUGCAGCCAUGGCGAAUUUUCUUUGCUAUGAUGUAUAUGAUGUUGAUCUCUCGAAAAUUCAAAGCGAUUCAGAUUUGAAAUUUCUCUUACUAGAAACAUCACCUAAAUCGAUUAUCGUUGUUGAGGAUCUCGAUCGGUUUAUCACGGCGGAAUUGGAAUCUCCGGCGACCGUUACGUCGGUGGGGAUUCAGAAUUUCAUGGACGGGAUUAUGACUUCGAGUUAUGCCGAAGGAAGAAUAAUGAUUUUCACGAUGAAUAGUAAAGAGUUUAUUGAUCCGAAUUUUCUCCGACCGGGGCGUGUCGACGUUCAUAUUCAUUUUCCGGUGUGUGAUUUUUCAUCUUUCAAAGCUUUGGCGAAUAGUUACUUAGGUGUGAAGGAACACAAGCUUUUUCCGGCGGUGGAUGAGAUUUUCCGGCAGGGAGCGAGUUUGAGUCCGGCGGAGAUAGGUGAGUUGAUGAUUGCGAAUCGGAACUCGCCGAGUCGGGCUAUUAAAUCGGUUAUCGGGGCAUUGCAAAUGGACGGUGAUGGGAGAGGGUGUGGGGAUAUGAUCGUACGGCGGAUAGAAGAUGAUGACGUGGAAGAUGAAAGUAACCAAGGUGGUCUUUGUGGUGGUGAUGGUUUUUCUACGGUUAAGGAUUUGAAGAAGAUUUAUGGUUUGCUUAGAUUAAGGAAUGUUAAGAGGAAUAUGUCGGGUAAUUUAUUGGUCAACGAUGAAGGAAGAUAAUUUGGAUUUUGUUUAUAGAAUAAAUUAGGUAGUGCAUUUAUUGGUUAGAGACCAAAUUAAAAUGUUUAUAUUGGUCUUUUAGGAAGGAAUCAUUUGAUUGGGAAUUGGGAUAUCCUUUAGGUGGAAAUGUAAAUUAGUAGUUAGAAUUUAGAAUUAGAUAUGGUUAAGAACGAUUAAUUGACAUGGGAACACAAAUAGGAAAGGUAAACUUUUCUUUUUUAUGUGUAUGAUUUUUUGUUUAUAAUAUAUAGGAAAACUUUGAUUUAUAGUUUGGAGGUGGAUAAAAACCACAAUGUAUAGUUUUUUAAGGGAAAAUAUAUGUAUAGCAAAAGUUUUUGUCCAAAAUCAUCGCGAGAAAUGUUAAUUAGCAGCUACACAUGUACCACCA